GGGGGGAGGGGGGCUUGAGAAAAGCCUGGACUGGGUGAUCACUGAGCAACAAGAAGGCGAUCAUUGAUGGCUUCAGUGUAUUGCGCAAUCCGUCGGAGUCCCUCGGCCAACUCAGAGGAACAGAUAGCUGAUUCAUGGAUCGUUUCGAGCUUCCUGUUUCCAUCACUCGAGCAGAGAAUGGUGCCUGAGACUUUAGUGUGAGCCAGCGGCCGCUACUGCGAGUGGGAGCUCUUUCUGCUUUGCACAGCCAGCCUGGCUGAUCGGGAGCCCUUGAUGCAUUGCUGUGGCGUAGGGGAUCCACUGUGUUACUUUCUGGCUAUUUGUUGAGUUGGAAAGCGACAUGCAGCUCUUGAAAGCUUUAUGGGCAUUAGCAGGAGCCGCUAUCUGCUGUUUUCUUAUAUUUGUUAUACACUCCCAGUUCCUUAAAGAAGGUCAACUGGCUGCAGGUACCUGUGAGGUUGUUACAUACGACAGAGACAGCAGUCAGCCACGAAGGACCAUAGCCCGACAAACAGCUCGCUGUGCAUGUAAAAAAGGACAGAUUGCUGGCACGACAAGAGCAAGGCCAGCCUGCGUAGACGCACGUAUCAUAAAAACAAAACAGUGGUGUGAAAUGCUUCCAUGCUUAGAAGGAGAAGGCUGUGAUUUAUUAAUCAAUAAAUCUGGUUGGACCUGUACGCAGCCAGGUGGACGAAUAAAGACGACUACGGCCAUAUCUACUGACCCAGUAUUAGGACGGGAUAGCAGCAAUUUCAUAUCUCUUUGAGUUUACAUUCAGUUGUGUGUUGUUCUGGCAUUUCCUAUUGGCAGGUCUCCUGACAAAUGCAACAACAGAGCCUUGCCGAAGCAGUUCAAGCUUGUGAGAGCUACGUACUUUAGACAAUUCACUGCUGUGGGUCAUCAUCCUUAAUGUCACCUACUUUGUCUGUUUCCCCAUAGCAUAGAUUCUCUACAUUAUGAGGUAAACUUUGUCCUUCCACACAAGGAUGGCUGAAUAGCAGAAUAUUGUAUGUUAAAAUGAGAUAUGCCUGGGCAUUAGCAAUACAGUUCAUGGAUAACAUUUCAUCUAAAAUACAAUGUUCACUACUGCUGGACUUGAUGUUAUCAACAUAUGUGAAUCUGAAUAUUCCAUAACUACAAAGAGUAAUCCCCAAUCAGCCUUAGAGUGAAGACUGUUUUGUCUACAAGAGGACUACGGAGCAAAAGAGACUGAAUUUUUGUUUCCCGGACUGUCUGAAUUGUGUUUAUUUUCUUAUGUUGGAUAUAAACAAAAUAGACCAAAGAGAAAAUCUAUGUUAAAACGAACAAAGACCUAAUAUCGUAAAACAUAAUGGGGUUCAGUCGUUAACGUGAAUGCUUACUCGUCAACAAAGAACAUGUUUUCAGGAGACACAAAACUGGAGUUUCACUUUCCAGUGGACACCUUAAUGGACAACUGUAGCAAGGCGGACAGAGAAAGUAGCUCUUCAAAAAUACAUAUACGAAACCUAAUGGAGCGUGGAGAAAAAGAACAGUCUAUGAUUAAAAAAAAGAAAAAGAAAAAAAGGACAACAAGGAAACUGUCUUAAAGAUAUCCUUACUCUGUAUUUAGAAUGACAUUCCCAUACUAAAACACAUUUUCAGUUUUAACCAGUAAAAUAGGCCUCUUCUACAAUUCCAUUUUGAUAGCUGAAAUUGGAGAAACUGAUAUUUGCAAAAGAGCAUGUUCGGUCGUCUGUGACCUCAUUCAAUACACCAUUUAGCACCGGAAAGCAAAUUAAAGGAAAAAAAGUAACACAUUGUUUGAAAGAGAUCAUUAAAUGUAUUUUGAAAAGCCUAAAAUUAUAUAUUUAACAGUUUUUAUAUGUUGUAUAUUUGUAGAAAAUCCUAUUUAACAAUUAACGUGGUAAAUCUGCAACCCAAAAUGUCAGGGUUCUAUUGUGUUUAUUACUUCAGUUGUCUUUUAAGACACCAGUGUAGUUUGCUUUCUUCCAUUGGGAUGUUUUGGAUGUAAAGCAUGAACAGAGAGAACUGUGCAGAAGACAAAGAAUAAUGUUUAUAUAAUAUAAAUGCAUUCAAUCAUUGCACUGUUGGAAGGCAGUUUCUUUGUCUUUGAGUACUGGUAUAAUGAUAAGCAUUUCAACGUUGCUUUUUUCACAUUAAAUUGCUUUCAGCCCUUCUUACGAAUGCACAUAUCUAUAGAAAUACGUAUGGCUGGUACAAAUGGUCCGAUAGUUUGUUUUAAGACGGUGUAUAUGAAUUAUGAUUACCUGGAGCAGUUAGAGUGGGCAGGUGGAGAUCCGGUAUGAGACUGGACUACUGGUACCUUAAAUAGAUAUCACCUAUAAUUUGUACAAAAUUUACCUCAUCUUUAGAUAUCUAUUUUUUUAUUCUUCAGUUUCGUGAAGCAGGCAAUUACAUUUCAUGGGAUUGUGUGGAAUUUAAGAUACAUAGUUUAAAAACAUAAGCCUUUGUUGAACCAUUCAAAAAUACCGGUGAGGUACAAAUUGGUGUACUGUCUUCCUGAAAGGUUUGAUUUAUGUUAUUUUUAAACAGAUCACUUAAUGUUGUCAAUGAGAAUCAUUACAUGCAAUGCUUUCAUUUUUACCUUUAUUUUUUUUAGAACAUGUUUACUAAACUACAUGUGAUAUUAAACCACAGACUAGGAACACAGGAAACAGUAAAAAAAAAAAAGAAUACACAAAGUCACAAUAGAGUUAUAUCUUUUCAUAUAAGUGUUGAAUAUCCUUAAAUGGGUUGUAGGUAGAACAUUUUAUUCUUUAGGGCUGCUGUUAUAAUUGUUUAAGUUAUCACAACAUUAAAUAUAUUUUUUUUCAUAAUUUCAUUUACUUUUUGUUCACCUGCGUAUGGCCUAUGUGGCUUUUAUGUUUAGAGCAAAUGUUUUUUGACAGACACCAUUUCAAAUGAUCGUUUUUAAUAGGUAAUAUGACAUGCAAUAAAUGGUAGUAAAAAUACAUCUGGCUGUGGAUAUCAUCUGCCUAACAUUGGUUUGGUUCAUUGUUUUAACCCCUUCACCUCUAUGAGUUAGACAAUGAUGUUCAUUUGUUACUUUUACUGUGGAUUUGCGAUGUAAAAAAUACUUCCCUAAAAAAAAAAAACCUUAAUUUUGAUGCCAUCCAAUAGUUUUUUUUAUCUUGCAAAAGUUGGCAAUGCUUUCUGUAUGUGCUUUGUUGGAUGGUAAUCUAAAUCUUCAAUGUAGAAGACUCAACUCAGGGAUGAAGGGGUUAAUUUACCUAAAAGUGAGUGGAUUAGUUCUAUUCUUUGCACUCCAAGCGGUUAAAGGUGUUACAAUUUUUAUUGCUUUACAGUAUUCUCUGUUGUGUUGGUAUAGCUAAAUUAUAAAAAUAAAGACAAGUCAUUUUUUA